AAGUAUGCAGACAUGCUAGAUUCUGAGGUGCUACGUCAUGAACCAAAAGUAUAGAACUACGAAAAUUUGUAGAGGUACUCAAAAAUAUGUCUAGAAAAGCUAUCCCUCGAGGAUGUAGACAACAAUAUGUUCCCGGGAUGUCCAGCGACUCCAACGAACUAAUGAAAACAUACGAAACCCUCUAUUUCACUGACCCUUUUAGCCAAGAAACGGUUGACUGGGGAGCAGUCUACUCCAACAGCUAAGUCAAGCCAGAUACUAACAUAGUGGAUUGA